AGAGAGAGAGAGGUCCUCCAUUCAUCAUUGAUCCACUGCAGGACUGUGUUUCAGGGGGUGUGAAUUAUGGGCCCCUGUUGUCACUGUGCCUGCUCUGCGUUGGACAUUUCACCUCGCCACUGUAAAUCUAAAACAGGGGGAUUACAUUUUGCUGACUCCUGAUUUCAAAGCCGUAGCCCGAGCAAGUGCAGACAACUGCCCGGUGUCCCUGACAGAAGAAGACUUAAUACUGCGCGCAAUUGCACGAUUUGGGAUUUUCAUUUUUUUUCUUGCAAAGGGUUUGAACAAUCAAAGGCUGCCGGGGAAAGAAAACGCAUUCUGGAUCACAGAAGAAUCUCACAUUGAGACUCUCUCCCUCUCUCUCUCUCUCUCUCUCUCUCCAGAGGGGAAAAAUAAAGCGUUUGGUAGUUGACUGGGCGUUUAGGACGCGCUCGAUAAACGGUGAUGCUACGGCGACGCGCAGGAACCGUAGAGGGAAGAGACAGGUGAGGUGCGGCUGAGGAGGAGCGUUGAUUUCCAACACAAGCUUUGGAUACCGAGAGCGGUGGUAUCCGUCACCCCGCUUUUUUUCUCCACAGAGAGGAAGAAGAGCGACCGCAGAGGGCGAGUUGGCGACUGGCACCUGCCUCAGCCUCCCAUACCUGGCCAUCUGGUGCGUGCAUGUGUGCUGCUGCCAUGGCAACCAUGGCUCCUCCCCUCACAUUUCUUCUCCUGCUGCUUCAACUGGCUGAUGGCUCAUUCCCAGAGGAACCCAGUCCACUCAGCUACGUCCCCAUAGAGGUGGUGAGGAGGUACCCAGUGUUCCUGGGCAGAGCUCAUCGUUCGGCUCAAAGACAGGAACUGCACAUCCAGACGGUCCUCCAAGUCAACCGCACACUCUACAUAGGAGCCAGAGAUGACUUGUACAGAGUGGAGCUGGAUAACAUGGCAGGUGAUGAGAUGUUCUACAGUAAGAAAAGGACAUGGGAAUCCAAUAAGAAUGACAUUCGAGUGUGUCGGAUGAAGGGCAAACACGAGGGAGAGUGUCGUAAUUUCAUCAAGGUUUUGCUCAGCCAGCACGGCGGCCUGUUUGUAUGUGGAACAAACGCCUUCAACCCACUGUGUGCCAACUACACUAGAGACACUUUGGAAAUGGUGGGAGAGCCUGUCAGUGGGAUGGCUCGCUGCCCGUAUGAUCCACGACAUGCCAACGUGGCUUUAUUUGCAGAUGGAAGUCUUUUUACCGGCACCGUGACAGACUUCCUGGCCAUCGAUGCGGUGAUCUAUCGUAGCCUCGGCGACAGCCCGGCCCUACGCACAGUCAAGCACGACUCCAAAUGGUUCAGAGAGCCCUACUUUGUGAGCGCCAUGGAGUGGGGGCCUCAUAUUUAUUUCUUCUUCAGAGAGAUGGCCAUGGAGUUUCAUCAUCUGGAAAAGGUAAUGGUGUCCCGUGUGGCUCGGGUGUGUAAAGCAGACCUGGGUGGCUCGCAGCGUGUCCUCGAGAAGCAGUGGACCACAUUUCUAAAGGCUCGGCUCAACUGCUCUGUCCCCGGAGACUCGCAUUUUUACUUCAACCUCCUGCACGCCACCAGCAACAUCAUCCACAUGCAGGGAAGAGACGUGAUCCUCGGUCUCUUUUCCACGCCGCCUAACAGCAUCCCUGGCUCUGCCGUGUGUGUGUUUGACAUGCAGCAGCUUGCUCAUGUCUUUGAAGGCCGCUUUAAAGAGCAAAAAUCCCCAGAGUCUAUUUGGACACCUGUCCCAGACGAAGCAGUGCCCAAACCGAGGCCAGGAGGCUGUGCAGUGCAGGGAUCCAGAUUUAGCUCCUCUACCACGCUGCCAGACGAGGUGCUGAACUUCGUGAAGACCCACCCGCUAAUGGAUGAGACGGUUCCACUGCUGGGACACAGGCCCUGGGUGGUCAAGACUAUGGGACGGUACCAGUUGACAGCUAUGGUGGUGGACACGGAGGCCGGACCGCAUAAGAACCGUACAGUUCUGUUCCUGGGCUCCACCCGAGGGACCAUCCUCAAGUUCCUCAUGAUUCCCAACGGGGAUUCAGCCUCACACAGCAGUGUGUUUCUGGAGGAGGUGGAGGGAUUCAAUCCGGAGAAGUGUGGUGAAGACUCUCCUCAGGCUCGUCAGCUCUUGUCUCUGUCACUGGAUCGCAGCAGCCACACUCUGCUGCUGGCCUUCCCCUCCUGCCUGGUGCGAGUCCCCACAUCUCGAUGCCACCUUCACUCGCGCUGCAUGAAGAGCUGUCUGGCCUCCAGGGAUCCGUACUGUGGCUGGACGAGAGGCAGCACCUGCUCCUUCCUGAGGCCAGGCACACGGCUCCCUUUUCAACAAGACGUGGAAUAUGGAAACACCACCUCCCAUCUAGGAGACUGUGAUGGAAUUCUGCAGCAGAGUUUGCUGAUUGAACCUGAGAGCUUGGUCUCCCUCAACCUGCUCGUGGCGUCUGCAGUCUCGGCGUUCACCAUCGGGGCAGCACUCUCUGGACUCGCCGUGUGCUGGAUCAUGGCCCAUAAGCCCGCCAACCGUCGCCACGGCAACAGCUCCCAGUCCUCCAUCCAGCGACGCGAAAGAGGCCUGCUGAGUAACGGUGGCGGGAUGGGAGGCUCUGUGCUGAGCGUGACGCGGCAGGGAGGUGGGGAGCGCCCCUGCUCCCAGGGCGGGGAGACCCUCUUCGUCAUGCCCAACGGAUGGGUGAAGUCAGGGGAGCUCGACCCCGGUUUCCUGCCCACUCCGGAGCACACGCCGCAGCAGAAACGAAGAGGCCUGCGAUUGUCCGACUCCAACUCUGGUGGAUGGGACACCAGCCAGACCUACCUGGGAGGAGGUUCUGUGGGGUUGGGAUCCCCCUGCCGUAUGCCCCCCUCCGUCUACCUGACCACCAGACUCUUCCAACAAGGCGGGGGCGGGAGACACAGCGGUGAGAGCCGAGGGAACGACACGCCACGCCAGCACUACGUCUGCCUGAGCAAGCAAGAAAAAGCAGCAAAGGGGACACCCAAAGCCCCCCUCAGGAAGUCUGCGGGCGAAUAUGUCUACCCCAUGACACCCCAGGACUCGCCUGAGCGUCGGAGGGUGGUCUCAGCACCCAGCGCCCCCAUGGAGUACAGCGAGCCGCUGCCUCUGCGAUGGCCGGCUCAGGAGGGGUACAUCCUGAGCAGCCACGGCAUGGUCCCCGUCCCCCUGCCGCCACCCUCCAUGCCCGCCCCCAGCAGCCAGGCGUAUGUGUCCCAGCAACAUACCCCCGGGCUGAGCAGGGCUCUGCUGAGAGGGGCCCUGGAGCGAGGGGAGCUGGGGGAGCUGGUGGAUCUCAGCCAGCUGAUGAGUAAGAAGAACUGCAAUGACAGGACUCAGACUGGCCAGUGACUGUGCAGCAAAUGAGGGGGACAGAAUUCUGUCCACAUGCAGAGCUCUUGGUUUUAUUUACAUAGAUCUCUCCUUUCUCUUCAUUCUGUCUCUCCUUCUCUCUUUUCCCUUUUCUUUUUUCCACACAUCUAUAUUUCAUUGCCAUUUAGCCCCUCUGAUCUGCUGUCAGUCUCUCAGGCAACCCCUCGUUCACCCUGUGAUGAGUCUCUCCUUAUGAGUGGCUGCUGGGUCUGCCACUCAUAUCCCGGCUCUCACUAAUUGGUCAGAUGGACUGAGGUUGUUGCUGUGUCUGCAUUGCAGAGUUGCCUCUCUCUCCUGCUCUCAGCGGCAGCAGGAAGAGAGAGGAGAGAGGAUGGAGGUGAGAGUCAGACAGAGAGAAAGCAGAAUGGGAAGCACAGAGGAUGGAGAGACAAAGACGGACAUGGCACUUAAAGGCUGCCUUCUCUGUGCAAGUGGACAGAGGCUGCAGAACCAGUCAAAUCCGACUGCAGCAGUGGGGUGCUUUUUCCCCUCUUGGAUCCCAUUAACAAGACUGCCAGCCAUCUGUUCCCCACUAUAUUACCUGUUGGUCUGAUUGCCAACUGGGUGCUUGAAGUGAAAUUGCAAAUUCUGAGUAUCAUAAAAGUAUCUGAAGCUCUGUGUGAGUCAUCAAACGAACAACUGACUAAACAGAAAUCUAGCGGAUGUGGUGAAGCAAAAUCCUCCUCUCUGUUUCCUUUUCUCUCUCCUUCUCCUUGCUGCACACAUACAGCACUUGCAUACAUGUAUUUGUACAGGUGGGUAUUUAGUAUUCUGUGUAUACGAGAAGCAUGACUUGUGUGCCAAAUGCCUCUAACCUGUCUCAUAGGGAUAUGGGACCAUAACUCACUUCUUUGGAGAGCAGAGUGCAGGACUGAAAUGUCAGCACUAUUCCUGCCAACUGCAUGCUCCCCAUAAUGACGGCAUCUCAGCUGUCCGUCGCAAGAUUCGUUCCCUCCCUCCACUUCAUGUACUCUUUAAUGACCAAUAAUUCCACAAGGACGUCGGGUGGGAUCGCACCACAACACUGGACUGACAGAAAAAUCAGAGCUGGAUAGCAAAGAAUAGGGAGGUGCUUUAGAGGAUCUAAAGUAAAUGCACUGCAAUAUAUGAACAUCUUGUCCUUUGCUGUCACCUGAAGGGUUUUGUUUUCACACAUUCAUUAGUCCUGCAUUCCAGAACAUGGCCAGCUUUUAUUGAGAAAAAGUUCCCCUUAAGCCCACAGUGGGUCAAGGUCCCAUAGAUGUGAUACAGAGCAAAGUGACAGUUACAGUGGUCAUGAUUGAAACCUCUGGCUGAACUCGGAGCCAACAGGGGUAAUCGAAAUGUUCUCAGCAGGCAAAUGGAACUAUAUAUUCAGCCCAUCAAAAUGUCCGGUGCCAUGAAAUGGUCGGCAUUUAGAUCAACACAACAUGGUUUGAGUGUGUAACAGAGGAGAUGGAAGCCAUAAAAAUGAGAGACGAGAUAAAGACGACAGAAACAAAAGGCAAAGUAAGAUGUGAUGACGUGAAGUUGCAUCAACAACAGCUGAGAAUUUGCUGCAGAUGACUUGAUUUCCACUCCUCAGUCGACAAAUGAAUGCUGGUUUGUGCUGUAAUAAGCAGCAAUAUAUGGUUUAUAUGUACAUAGUAAACUUUAAUUUAGAUAAAAAUGACAAUGUAAGACAAAUAGUGACUCCAAAAAAAUAUAGGCGGGCGUUCGCUUGCAAAUAAAAUAAACAUUUAUCAUGUGAUUAUAACUAUUAAUGUAUGAAAACCUGUUUUCAUGAUAGUUUCAUAUCAGCCUGCUCCAAGAAUGAAACCACCAAGACACGAAGUAGUGUCUUUGUGCGACGGUGUGCCAAAACCCAAGUGAUGAACGAUUUAUCGAUGCCUGAUUCCUGAAGCAAAAAACGGAGAGAAACUUGUUUUAAAGUGCCAUGAAGAAGACCAUUUCAGUCAGCAGUGAGCCUUUCUCAUGUACUGUGGUGUUGAAGAACUCACUUAUUGCAGUAUACGUGUAAUUUGUAUGCCUUUGACCUUACAUGCUGAAUGUUUAAUUUGUUCAUUUACAUGUUGGCUUGUACUGUUGAAAUGAUUUGAUUUUGUUCAUCUGUCCGGAUGCUUCUGACGCUGAAUGCCAACAGUGUUUGAGGGUCUGUUUAUAAACUACUUGGACACAUCACGCCAUCUACUGUAAAUAUGUAAGAAUGAAUAUAGACGCGCUGUCAUGUCCUUUACACUGUUAAUGUAUCCACCAACGCCAUGACUUGAACUGUGUUUAUUCCAGAAUAGCUGAUAUGUAAAAAUAAUGACUCGUAAGUAGUUCAUAAGCAAACCUUCAAAUGGACUGAAGUGCAGUGAGGGAACACUGUGGAACUCAUUUUGUGUCAUAUCUGCCCUGAUUAUGGACCUUUUGUCUUGUUCUGUAGUCAAAGUGAUUGUCUGUCUGUCAUUGCCGACCAACUGCCAUACUGGAGGAUCUUGAAAAUACUUUGUCAGCAUCCGGAGUGAAUGAAUGUACUCAUUCUUUUUUGUUUGUUUGUUUGUUCGCGGUCAUUAUAAUGUGCAGUAAUAAGGAAAAGCACAAUAAUGUGUUGGUUUUUUUUGUUGUUUCUUUUUAAAGGAGCUGUUCUGUAUCAUUUGUGAAUAGUGUAAAUAAUCAUCCUGAAUGUACUGUGUAUCAGUUUGGUUAUAGGGGUGGGGUGGGGGUGGGGGUGGGGGUGGGGGUCAUCGAUGCUCUUCUAAGACAAGACUGUGUUUGAAGUGUGAGGCUAUUUUUCAUUGACAAUGCUGUGAAUAAGAUGUAUGUACAGUAUUUACGUGACUUUGGCUGAACGCGGAGUUCAGCUGUUUCCUUCCUGUUAUUAGAGUAGAGUCGCAGGCCUGAUCUCAGCCAGAGCUGAGCCCUUCUCAUUUGACUGAUGCCUGCCGAGUUUUUGCAGUUGCUAAGCUACUGCUGAUAUAAUAACCAUCAAUCUUUGGAGUACUGCUAUUAAAUGGCAUUAUAUAAUUGA